GUGUUGACCCUCUCCUUCAUGGUGUUGGGGAGUCCAGAGUCCUGCUCUGAUCCAGUGAGAUGUUCUUCUCUCCUCAAAGAUGACGUCCUUCUGGAUGCUCCUGCCCAGGACACCUCCUCCAUGGAGGACUUCAUCCAUCAGUCCAUGGCUCUUGUUUUAGAAGAGGCUGUGAAAAAGGCCACUGAUGUCAGAGAAAAGGUAGGAAAGCAGAGCUCACAGGGCCUGGGAACGCCUCCCUGCUCGGUCUGAGCCUGUACCCUCAGGCAGCACAGUGAGAGAUUUCAGACUCGACCGUUUUAAUGAAUGUAGAAAAAGCUGAAGCUGUGGAGGGAAAGUGGAUGCUCAGGACCCUGUGACCCACCGCUGCCUGAACUAAAACGUGGGGUAACAGCUGUUGCUAUGACCGCCAUAUUCAUCUGUGUAAAUAUGGCGGUGAGCAGGUCACAGCUGGCUCUGCAGAGACGAGGCUCCUGUCCUGCUCUGCUCCAUCCGGCUUUAGAAGAAAAACCUAAAAUCUGCAACAGAACUCUGAUCAAACCACCAGGUGUGUGAGUGGCGUCCCCCUGAGGAGCUGCUGGAGCUGCUGGACCUAGAGCUGAGAGACAAAGGAGAAUCCGAUUCCAAGAUCCUGGAGCGCUGCAGAGAUGCCAUCAAAUACAGCGUGAAGGCUACCCACCCUCGGUUCUUCAACCAGCUGUUUGCAGGGAUGGAGCCGUACUCGCUGGCAGCGAGCUUCAUCACCGAGGCCCUCAAACCCAGCCUAUACACGUACGAAGUGGCCCCAGUCUUCACCCUCACAGAGGAUGCUGUGCUGAGGAAGAUGAGAGAGAUGAUUGGCUGGGAAGAAGGAGGAGAUGGAAUCUUCAACGCAGGUGGCUCCAUGUCCAACAUGUAUGCCAUAAAUCUGGCCCGCCAUCGUCAGUGUCCCAACAUCAAGGAGCACGGCUCCUCUGCAGCUCCGCCACUCGUCCUGUUCACAUCCCAGGAGUGCCAUUACUCCAUCUCCAAAGCAGCAGCUUUAAUGGGAAUCGGCACCAAGAAUGUUUAUGCUGUGCCAUCGGAUGACAGAGGGAAGAUGGUUCCUUCUGCCCUGCAGGAGCAAAUACAGACGGCUAAAAGCAAGGGAGAAGUUCCGUUCAUGGUGAACGCCACUGCAGGAACCACCGUACUCGGAGCGUUCGAUCCGCUCGAUGCCAUCGCAGACGUCUGUGAGAAGCACGACCUGUGGCUGCAUGUAGACGCAUGCUGGGGAGGAGGAGCUCUCAUGUCCCAGAAGCACAGACAGCUUUUAAAGGGCAUCCAGAGAGUUGACUCGGUCUCCUGGAACCCUCACAAGAUGCUGAUGGUUUGUCUGCAGUGCUCAGCGUUCCUGGUUCGAGACAUGACAAGUCUCCUCCAGCGAAGCCACUCUGCUCGGGCCUCCUACCUCUUCCAGCAGGACAAGUUCUACGAUGUGAGCUACGACACGGGGGACAAGUCCGUCCAGUGCAGCAGGAAACCGGACGCCUUCAAGUUGUGGCUGAUGUGGAAGGCUUUAGGGAGCAGAGAGCUGGAGCAGAGGGUAGACCGAGCCCUCGCCAUGGCCAGGUAUUUUGCUGAAGAAAUCAAGAAAAGAGAAGGUUUCCGUCUGGUGAUGGAGCCUGAAUUUGCGAACAUUUGCUUCUGGUACAUCCCGCCCAGUCUCAGGAACCUUCCAGAUGGGCCCGAGUUCUGGAAAAAGCUGCACAAUGUGGCUCCGGUCAUCAAAGAGCGUAUGAUGAAGACUGGCAGCAUGAUGAUAGGCUACCAGCCCCAUGGAGACAAGCCCAACUUCUUCAGGAUGGUGGUCAUCAGCCCUCAGGUCAGCAGGCAGGACCUGGACUUUGUCCUGGAGGAGAUGCACCAUCUGGGACAGGACUUGUGAUGACCUGUCUGUGACCAACUCUGCUGUUGUUUUGUUGUCUUUAUGAAAAGUUUGUUACCUUCAUCAGCGUUGGUUUGUGAGUGAACAGAUCAGAGCACCCUGAUGUUUGUACAACGUGCUGAAAUAAAAACAGAAGAAUGAAAA